AUGGCAUCCUGGACGGAUCCAUCUCGACAGUAUCUCAUUACUUCUAUUCGAGAGAGACCAGUGAUUUGGGAUAAAAGUUACUUUGGGGAUUCCAAUUAUCGGGCAAUGAAAAUCUCCGCAUUCGAUGAAGUGACUCGUUCUCUCAACUCAAUGUUUCCAACAAAAUUCACGUGGGAAGACGUCCGAUCUCAAUGGAAAAAUCUGAAAGAUACAUUUGUUCGAAAGUUGAGAUGGGUUCAUGAGGGAAAGUAUAUGGAGGAUGCAAUGAAGGAACCAACUUGGAAAUUCUAUAGAAUGUUGACUUUUCUUGAUGAUAAAGAAGCGAAGAGAUUAGGAGACUCAUGUGAUCAUACUUAUGAACUGGCUCCAGCAACACCGUCUGGAAAUUGUGGAGGACUUGGGCAGAGACAACAACACCAACAAAUCUCUUACGAGCCAACAUCCAGCGAAGAACAAAUGCUCCAAAUGUUUGGAAGUCCACCUGUUCUUACUCAACAACAACAAGGAAUGCAUUCGAGUUCUCAAAUGUCUAAUUGUUCAUCUUCUGGGUCAGCCAUGUCGUCAUCCACAUCUACAAUAGUGACGUCAUCAACCGGAUCGAAACGUGGCGUGCAUUACAGUCCGACAAGGAGUCAAAAUGGAUCAUCUAGUAGUGGUGUUGAAGAAGAAUUAGAAGAUGAUGAUGAACAACCAGAGAGGAAGAAACCCUAUCGUCGCCAAGUGUCAUCAAUCCCCCCAAUGCAAGUGAUAACAACUACUGCUUCUCCGACUCAUCAAGACGAAUUUGAUCAUUUUGGAGCCAUGGUGGCAGCAAAACUAAGGAGAUUAUGCUCUGAACAAGGGAUAAUGGACGCAGAACGUGUCCAACGACGAGUUUAUGAUGCAUUAUUCCGAGAAGAUUAA